AUGGGGAAGGAGGGGCGCACCAACGACGUCAUGGUUGCGGCCUGGACCAAGGCGAAGGCCACGCCCGUUCUUGACGUCCUGGCAAUGCCCGACGUGGACGGGGACGUGGACAAGCAGUGGAACUUCUCAGCGAGGCGCUCUAUCGAAGGCUUCAUCGACGUCAUUGCGAACUGCGGCGAACUCUCGGGUGUCAACUGGGAGACUGUCAAGGAGGCCAUGGCCGAUGGUCGGUGCAACAGCUUGCCCCCGCCUCUCGGCUUUUCUGAUGAUGGCCAAAACGAUGUCCCUUGCGUGAUGAACAUGCGCGUGUCGAAGUCAUUGCCUGGCGCUGGUUGCUUGGUGGUGAAGGUGUUCGCGUUUCUCGGCGGCGGAGAGCGCAUGUCGACCAUCCUCGAGAAGAUCGUCGAGGGCGACCCCUGUGUCUUGGACUCCCGCCCCGACACCUUCAACUCGGCGCGGGCCCUGCCGGUGGUCUUAGAGGCGAUGGGCAGGUGGCUGUUCCGCUACUGGUGCAUGCAGAAGCCCGGGGUAGCCGCGGAGAAGCAGGCCGCCCUCAACAGGGCGUGGAAUUUCGCGCAGGCGGAGGCCCCCCGUGGCCAUUUUGACGGCCAGAGGGCCCUGUGGUUGGAGCGCCAGUGCGCGGGCCCUGACUCCCCCAUCUACCACGCGAAGCGGGAGUUCGAGGACUACUACCCGCCCUUAAAGCCAGACGUCCGCAAGGAGUACCAGCCGAUGACGAACAGGACCCCGAAGACGCUGACGGGCAACGCGCUGCUUGCGAUCGGGGGGGCUGGCUCGGGGGAGACGCCCUUCAUGUGCGUCCUCGCCGUGGCGACUGCGAGGCGCAAUGUAGACGUCGCUAAUGAACGCCGCCCAGGUCGUGCCAAGGCUGCUGUUCGGGUUUCCGCAGAGAUGGAUUUCUUCCGCAGGGAGGUCGGGGGGCCCCGGGCGCCCUGCAUCUUCGAUGACGGCGACCUCGCAGAUCAGCGGCCUCGCGUCCUCAAGGCCUUCCUUGACCCCGCGCAGGCUGAGGCCGUGACCUGCGCGCGCUGGGGGGCCGCGAAGUUCGCGCGCGGCGAAGCGGGGCGGCAGGCGAAGUUUGGCGGCGACGACGAAUAUAAUGCCAGCGCUGACCCAAAUGGCGAGGAGUGGGGGCUCGCGGCGACGUCAUCCGACGCUGCGAAGCGGACCGCUGCCAUCUUGGCGGACAUGAUUCGGCCCGCCUUCCCCAAGGGUUUGUCCGAGAGCAACUUAGGGGCCAUGCUCCAGCGGUGCAACGUCGCCCUGAACACGCGGCAUUCGUUCUUCUUCAGGCCCGCUGGCAAGGACUCGGUCGUUGAAAAGCUGCCCCCCAUGAGCAGCUACAUCGCGGCCGAGGCGGGCAAGAUCUCGAUGCGGCCCCUCCAGCGCAAGAAGCCCCGCGACCAGGAGGGGCGCGACGGGCCCCUCGCCUUCGAGAAGAAAGAUGCGCUCAAGCUCAUGGCCGAGGCGCGCGAUGCAGCGGGCGCGCGCGGCGAUGGCGGGGAUGGCGCCGCCGCCGCCGCCGCCGCGGGCGGGGCGCCAGCUGGCGCCGCGGCGCCGUGGAGGGCAGGCCAGUCGGGUGGCCUUGGGGCCGCGCCCGAGGACGACGACUUGUUCGGCCGCCGCGGCGGCGCCGACGUCGCGGACGAGGAGGACGUGUUCGGCUUCGGCGGCGGCAAGGCCGCGACCGAGCCGACGCCGCCCAAGGGGCUGACGGCGGCGCGGAACGCCCGCGUGGAGCAGCUCGUCAAGUUCGAGACCAACGCGGGCAUGAUUGUGCCGUGGCAGACUGGCGCUGCCUCAGGGUCGAGCGGCGGCGCGAGUGCGCCGAGUGGCGAGGCGGCGCCCGCUGACGCCGCGCCCGAGGUGCAGCCCCUGAUCGUCGGUUGCCACGGCGCUCUCCCUGAGGAGGACCAUCGCGAGCAGAUGGCGAUCUUCCACGGCUUCGCCCAGGCCCACCACGGCGCGCACGAGGACCUGGUCACCCCGCCCAGGGGGGCCAGGAAGACGGGCUUGGCGCGCGGCUGGCCGCUCUCGCCCGUCGACCGCCAGGAGCAGCAGGCGAUCUUUGCGUCGAUCGUGUCGCAGGCGCAUGGGGAAACCAUCGCGAUUGACGACGGAGACGUCGACUUGGACGCAGAGAUGGGGGCCGUGCUCGAGGCCGAUCAGCUUGGUGGCGAUGCCGAACAGCUUGGUGGUGGCGCGGCCGAGCAGCCUGAUAGCGAUGCCGACUGA